AUGCAGGAGAAGUCUCUGGCCUCUGAUGAUGUAUUGGCUCACUUCUUCAAUCAUUUCUUAAGUUUGCCGUCUUUCCCAGAGGCGUUGCAGUACAACCAGGACACUGGGCAGUUUGAGCUGGUGAAUGGGGCAGCUGAGUUUGUCUCUAGAAGAAUCCAAUCAGUCCUGCACCUCAGCAAAUCACAACUUCUCACAGGUGAUCCCACAGCUGUGUCCAGAACCCCUCCAGUGGACAACCAUUACACUAUCUGUUGCCUGGACAGAGAGCAAGGAAUCCAGUGGAUCAUGAAAGAAAGAUUGCCCUUAUUCCUUCAAAGGUCAAUGGGGAUGCUCAACGUCACAUGUCUACCCUCUGGCCAGAAGGAACAUCUCAACACAAAAUGCAGUGAAUCCUACAGAUGUUUCUCAAGCUGUUCUGAGCCAGAGAACAUAUGUACCUUUUCCUCUUUUUCUUCCUCCUCUAACCUUAAAUGUGGGAAAACCCAAGAACUCCAGAGCUCACAAACAGAAUUGAGCAUCAACUUCACAGAGGAGCAACAUCUUAAAAAGUCCUGUAGCCAGGAUUGUUCUGAACUCCAGCUGGAGUACCUGGCUUCCACAGUGGUUAAACAGGUGCUUAACAAUGCACUGCACGUGAUGGAUGGUCAGAGCCAGGCUAACACUUCAGGAGACCAGACACAUUGUACCAGCACACACGGAUCCUGUGAUGGUAAAGUUUGCCGAUGUUUGGCCAAUGGGGGCACAGCAAGGUUGGGGGGGGAAGAGAAAGUUGGAGAAGGCAAUAGGUCGAGAGGAGUGGAAGAAAAGACAGAGUGGUUUAAGAAGAAUAGGGGGAUGGGGAGUAGAGGCAAAGAUCAGGAAAAUGUCCAUGAUAUUUGUUGCCAUGGUACCUGUUGCCAUGGCAAAAUACCAGGCUUGGAUGAGUUGAAGGAGUUUUUGCGAGGAACGCCAGGAGAGAAGCUGCUUCGUCUCUGGAUGGAUAUAGAGAGACUGAAAGCUACACAGAACAGAGAGCGGAAGAACAGGUAUUUGGUCCUAAUGAGGAGCCGGUACCUGCUGAGCAGCAGCCAGAGCAGUCUCAAUGUGGAGCUGCUCUCCAGACUGGGACUCACUACCUCCCCCUGCUGGACAGAGGAGAGACUGCACUCAGUUCAGCCCUCUCUCACUGAGUCUCUGCUCUGCUACUGGGUUCCUCGGUUCAAGACGUCCCAGUGUGCUCAGGAAGGGCGUGAAGACUCCCCUUACUUAGAGCUGUGGACAGACUGGUGUCAUAGCCCUCUAUCAGACGUACAGCUCCACCACAGCCUGCCUCCCCUCCGCUCUGACACCUGCCUGCCACACUCCCCCCAUGCUGUCCAUACACAGUUAUAUUCCAGCAGAAGAAUGGAAAAGAUGUUACAGGCUCUUUGUGUUGACUCGUGUGCCGGCAUGUACUUCACAAACUUCUGCGAACAAUCUGGAAACCAGCUGUGGGAGAAUGCGGUUAACCUUUGGACUGACCUGCAGCACUACCAUGAGCUGUUCUAUCAGGACGGACUGCACCCCUACAGAGUACAGAGAGAGGCACAGCUCCUUUUCUCCACUUAUCUCUUCAGCUCAGCCAGGAGGAGUAUUGGUGUUGAUGAGAAGAUCAGAAGGGAGGUGUACGACCAACUGAUGCCUGCUUUUGAGGAGCUGUUUGACGAGGUUGAGGAAUACACACUGAACAUCUUGCUGGAGCCAUGGGCACUGCUGCUCAGCCGGGACAAAGAGUCUUUCCAGAAGGUGCUUGUGCAGGAUGAGGUGCGUUGUGUGGACAGUCAGGAGUACAGGGAACUCCAGAGUCUGUACGAGGAGUCAGAGAGCCGACUGAAACAGGUGGAGUCUGGAGGCGGGGUCCAUGUUGUUCCCUCUCCUGUUCACCCUCCCACUCCCUUCUCAAAGGGCCCCCAGGCGCCUGACUCUUGGACCAGAGUGUCUCCAAAUUAUCAAGGCUACCGUCUAGGUUCCUUACUUCGUCACCGCCAUGAGAUCGGGCACUUUAUGUCCUUCCUACAGACUCAGGAUGCCAGUAUCCAUCUGACAUGCUGGCUGGAUUUGGAGCAGUACAGGAGGACUGCUCAGAAAGACAAGGCUGUCAGACAGGAGAGGUCUUCUCAUAUUGCAACCAAAUACCUCAACAUGAAGUACUUCUUUGGCUCUGACAGCCCCGCCACAACAGAGCAACAGAGUGAUUUAUUGCAUCUGGCAGGUGGACUGGAACGUCUGAAGCUCGAGUGUCUCUCAGAUGUAGUCGUUGUGGAGAUCCAAGCCGUCAUCAGGAGUCACAUUGAGAAGAACUGGCUGCCUCUGUUUCUGUCCACAGCUGAGUUCACAGAGCGAGCAAAAAGCGAACCAAAGCCCCAAGCAGCAGACAGGAUCUCACAGCACGUCUACCGUCGAUGCAGAACGAGGAGAGAAGCCUGGAAGGCCGAGGGCUUGUGGAUGAGUUCCUCCAAAGAGAUCCUGCUGUUCCGACGGAUCCUACUCAACCCCGACACUUGUAUGAAGUUCCAGCACUUUGUCUCUCUGAAAGGAGACUUUCUAGAAAAUGAUGUGCUCUUCUGGCUGGAGGUGCAGAGAUACAAGGACCUCUGUCACUCCCACAGUGACGAGGCCACCAUCCAGCAGAAGAUCUCCACCAUCUUAAACUGUUUUAUCAACUCCUCCAUGCCCCCCGCUCUGCAGAUAGACAUCCCUUCUGAACAGGCCCAGCACGUUCUGGAGAAACGCCACGAGCUGGGUCCUUACAUCUUCAGAGAGGCACAGAUGUCAGUGUUCAGUGCAUUGCUGAAGGUUUGGCCCGAGUUCCAAGAGCUGAGCAGCAGCGUCCAAGAGGAGCAGCUUCUUCCUCUACUGCAGGAGAAACGAGUCGAACACAGAGCCAGAGUACGGAGACAGAAGAGAAAAGAGGAGGAGGAGGAAGAGAGGAGCAGAGCUCAGGAAGAGCUGGAGAGGCCAGAGUCCAGUUCUAAAGAGGAGGAAGACGAUGUGGAAGAAGAUGAAGAAGGAAGAAAUGGAAACAGAACACAGAGCAGAGUGCUGCUGACUCCCAUACAGCCGUUGUCGUGGUCCUACUCCAAGUACAUGGCAGCUCUGAGGAGAGAGGAGGUGCUGCUGAGGAGACAGAGUCAGCCGGGAGCCUCGUUCUUAGCCUCAGACUCCUCAUCUGACUGCAGUGUCAAGUCGGCACACAGUAAACAUAGCCGCCAGCAGCCCUCAUGUCGCUCCUCCACAGCGGACAUUAAACAGAUAUAACAGGGGUGUGAGAGCCUGCAACAUGAAAUGAAACCAAUGUGGAAGAAGUGCCUCACAACUGGGACACAAACAGACCAGGGUGCUGUUCUCAGAGCUGCUACUGAUAUCUGGAUGAGGCUGGGUUUACAUG